CAAGUCCCAGGACUGUCAUUCUUCAUACCGUCGGUGGUUGUCGCUGAAAAUGGAUGUGGCAAUUCUUGCAUCGUGUGUUGUGGCAUUCUUAUUAUAUCUGAACACGUUGGAUGCAGAUUUUGCAUACGAUGAUAGCCGAGCUGUUCAGAAAAACCAGGACCUUGAACCAAAAACACCACUGAUAAACAUUUUCUACGAUGACUUUUGGGGAACACCUCUCACACAUUCUGGCUCUCAUAAAUCAUAUAGACCUCUCUGUGUGCUCUCAUUUCGUCUCAACUAUUAUUUUGGAGAACUCAACCCUUGGGGCUAUCAUCUUGGAAAUGUCAUCUUACAUACUAUAGUGACAGCCAUAUUUACAAAAUUGUCGAGACUGUUUUUAAAGCAAACAUUUCCAACUUUAGUGUCAGGGUUGAUUUUUGCGUCACAUCCUGUCCAUACGGAAGCUGUAGCGGGUGUUGUUGGGCGAGCCGAUGUUGGGGCCUGUCUCUUUUUCAUCCUAGCGCUGAUCUGCUAUAUGGAAUAUGUCAAAUUACGAGAAAGGAUACACGAUCCUGGUGGUAAAAGUUCACUGAGAUUUGCGUACUUCUUGGGAACAUCUGCGUUAACUACGGCAAGCAUGUUGACCAAGGAGCAAGGUGUGACGGUACUUGGUGUUUGUGCAGCGUAUGACUUGUUUGUACACAACAAGAUGAAACUCUCAGAAAUCAUACAGUUUUAUAAAAAGCCAUCAAGCAAAAGAGCAAUGGAAGGUGUAUUUCUGCUGGGUUUGCUGGGAGUAGGGCUUGUCGCAUUUAGAGUUUACUUCAUGGGAAACAAGCCACCGGAGUUUGCACCGUCGGACAACCCGGCAUCAGAUUCGGACAGCUUUCUGACAAGGACUUUAACUUACCUUCUACUUCCUGUGUUGAAUAUUUGGCUGUUCCUUUGUCCGAGAGUACUCAGUUUUGAUUGGUCGAUGUCGGCCAUUCCUCUUGUAGAAAGCUUGUCAGAUUAUAGAAAUGUAUUUACCAUAGUGUUCUAUUCUGUCAUAGUUUAUUUAGCAUAUUUUACUUUAAAUUUUAUCAGUAAUCAUUCCAAAGAUUCAAAAGUGCAAAUGAAUGGCAACGGCCAUUCGUACCAUGUGAUACAAACUUCGAAACAUUCUACGGGUAAACAUAAAACAUUACAGACUCAAAGACAGACAUCUAUUACAAGUGAAAGUGCUUUUAACUCGACAUACAGUCAUUCAGACGGUCUCAGUAUUUCUUCACAUUCCAUGGAUGUUUUAAUAUUUUCUAUUGCCUUAAUUGUGCUGCCAUUUAUUCCAGCGUCUAAUUUAUUUUUUUAUGUGGGUUUCGUAAUUGCCGAGCGAGUUUUAUACAUUCCAAGUAUGGGCUUUUGCCUGUUAGUGGGACAUGGAUGUAAUAUUUUAUACAAGAAAUACAAGAAUGAGAAAAACAGCAAACAGAAACUUGUGGUUUUAGCGACUGUUUUCCUGAUUGUGCUCAACAGUGGAAAGACUAUCAUUCGAAAUAAGGAUUGGGUCUCGGAGGAAAGAUUGUACGCAUCUGGCAUUGCUGUAAAUCCACCUAAAGCGUGGGGAAAUUUGGCAAAUAUUUUCAACGGUCAGGGAAGAUUUACCGAUGCCGAGACGGCAUACAGAAAUGCCUUGAAGUAUCGGCCAAACAUGUCUGACACACACUAUAACUUGGGAAUUUUGCUGCAGAAUCAGAAGAGGUACAAGGAGGCCCUGGAGAGCUAUUACAAGGCCAUUGGUUUCAGACCAAAUUUAUCAUGUAUGUUAUUUUCAUUCAUACAGAAGGGUCAUAUAUUGGUACUAAGAAGUAGACAAAGUCUACCUUCGCAGUUGAAGAGCAGUGAAGUCACAUGA